AUGAAUGAGAUAUCCUUAAAUAGUAGUUCUUCUGAAUACAUAGCGGAAUGUUUUGCUGUUUGUGGAUUGUCAGACAACCCAACUCCCUAUGAUGCUUCAGAAAUUCUCCUUAAUGGUGAAGAAAUUGUUCUCUCUGAAUCAAAAUGUCUGGAUUUUUCACGAUACUCAACCCCUAUUAUUGAUAUUCAAUUGGUUAACAUAAGUCAAAAGGAAGAACUUCCUAAAGGUUAUCAAGUUCUUGAUAAAUCAGUUAGUGGUAUUUCGGGUUGCUACUUGCAAAAUCGGUCAAAUGACGACUUGUGCAUAUGCUAUCGUCGUGGAUAUGCCACACCUCCUAUCGGUGACAUAACUUUAGUGGAUAUGUCGGCACGAUUAAAAGCUAAUUCCUCCAGAAUAACAAGAACAAUAGGAAAUACGUCGGCACUCAUUGUAAAAAAUCGAUUCAUACUGAAUUCUGGGAUGUAUCUUUCUUACAGCCGGUUGUCUAGUGAUUACGGAGUGAACCAACUUGCUCUAACAGACAUCUGUAUCAUCCUCAAAAAGAAAGGCGAAGUUUGUCCUCUUGGGUUUAUGGAAUUAUCUCAGAAGUUGUUUCACACUCUAAUGGCAGACGAUAUGCACAUCUGUUACAAGAAGUCCUUGGUGAAGCGCUACAUCGCUACAUAUCAACCUGAGGUGCUGCUGUGGUACCACGUGCCUUUGCCCACCGCUCCACUGAAGUCCUCUAAUUUCCGGGUUUAUGUGGCAAAUAUGCUUUAUUUCCUAACUCAUAGCAUCUAUCUCAAUAAACGCAAGGAGGCGGGGUGGCUCCUUAAAGAAUCUCUUAAUGAAUUACAAAUAAACGAACUGAUUGUGUCUGCAAGUGAAGAAUCGUCAAAUAGGUUCUUUCUUCUAGCAAAGUGCUUAAUGCCUCUUUAA